UGCUUUUGACUGCUGCCCAUUUUCGAUUGACAGUGCACAAUAACCACAGUGAUGAUCAAAUAGUGUUGAAUCAAUUACAAUUCCAAAUUUAUUUGUUCUGUUUGUAAUGAUUCAAAAGUCUGCAAAGCCCGCAAUAUUCAAGAGAUUUCAAGGCGGAUUGAAAAUCUUUCUAUUUGUUGAAACAAUCGCAUUUUUCGGUUCCUACGGUGUUUGGUUUCGUAUGAAUAGAGACCAAGCGUUUCGCGGUUAUAUCGGUGAAAAAUUUCCAUCAAUUCUUGAAGGAUUUUAUCGAAUCGGCGAAAUUUUCGACAAAGACGCAUUGGCCCGUUUGCGUGAAGCAGAUUCAGCAACAUUUGCCGUAAAAAAAUCCAAAUAAAAUAAAUUCUCUCUUCAAAUCAAGACU